AUGCUCUCUCCAACAUAUCCAUAUGCCACUCGUAUGCCACCUCCGGUUCGACCAUCUCGGUCGCUGGAAGGUCUGGAGCAAGUGAUUCCUCCCAAAAUGCCGCUCUCACCCACCCGCUCCGAGCUCUUCCUCAACAAACCCCUCCCCGCCAAGCCACUUCCCGAGGCUCCCAUCGAGUGCUCUGCCAUCUGGAGUGACUCCAGCGACAGCGACAGCACCGUCGACACUGUCGGCAGCCCGAGCGAGCCACGUAAUUCCACCGAAAGCUAUCCCAUUUUUGUCAGUUCAGGCUCCGACGAUUUCGGGGACCUAGUCGAUCCUCCGGCCCCAUCCGCCGAUCCUGUUCAUUUGGGCUCGGCUCCUUUAUCCCCACAACGGUUCAUUCCUGCGCCAGACCCACACCCGGACUCACUCGAUUCACGCCGUUCAUCAAUAAUUAUCUCGCGGACCUCAACGUCGGAUCCGCCAUACGCUGGCCCAUCUCCGUACACACCACACCGCGCCGGUGCCAAUCAUUAUUUCCGUGAAAAGAAAUGGGAUUUCUUUCCAGAGCUGGCCACCCCAUCUGCCCUGCAGGCUAGUGGCCGGGUCAGCCCGGGUAUCCAACCGGGCAACCGGCGCAAGAAGGACGGUCGUCUGAAUCUGCCGGCCUUGGAUUUCAGUAAAGGUCGCAGUCGAUGGCAUUCGCUCGAUCGCGCUGGAUUAGGGUUGGUGCAUGUGCGCGACUCGGUCAAGACCUAUGUGCUCCGCACUCUCUCCAGGGACUCGCCAGAGACCAAGCCCAAAGAAUCUCCACGCCCAGCCACUGCUCCCAUUAAUCCCACCGACCCCCAGAGCCCGACUUCGUUUACAGGUGGCAGCGAGCGACUCCACAAUGGCUGGGCAACUCAGAACUCGUCUGUGGGUGUCAACGCCCAACUACGAGUACUCUCUGUUGCAACAGAACCGACCGCCGGCGACUACUACAACAGCCCACGGACAAUUCCCUCUCACCGACCAAAACAGCUGGCGGUGCCCAUGUCCCCUUACCAGAAAUAUGGCUCCUCCAUCUGGGAGACCCCGAAGAAAUCUAAGAAACGCAGCGUGCGGUUCCCCAAAUACUCCAAGUCUGCCCCCGCUAGCGGCCCGUCCUCGCCGCAAUCAUACACCAAUGCUACUCCGCCUCUCUCAUCUCCGCUGAAGAUGCAAUUCCAGCAGAAUACCCGUGAGGCUGUCCGGGCCUUGCAGGAUGGCACGAGCCAUGUCCUGGUGGCAUUGGACGGGGCCAAGAAGAAAAUCAUCGACUGCAAAGAGGAUCGCCGCCGCGAGCAACUCAAGUCCCAAAUUAAGGUCGUUGGUCCGACAGAUCCUCACAACUGCAAGCCAGAUGAUCCGUGGUUUUGA